CGGCCGCGAGCGGGCAGUACCGGGUGCCCGGCGCCCGGGAUCGCGCGGAUGGCAGCGCUCGCGGCGCUGACCAAGAAGGUGUGGAGCGCGCGGCGCCUGCUGGUGUUGCUGCUGGCGCCGCUGGCUCUGCUGCCGGUGGUCUUCGCCCUGCCGCCCAAGGAAGGCCGCUGCCUGUUCAUCAUCCUGCUCAUGGCAGUGUACUGGUGCACAGAGGCCCUGCCCCUGUCGGUGACAGCGCUGCUGCCCAUCAUCCUCUUCCCCUUCGCGGGCAUCCUGCCCUCCCACAAAGUCUGUCCCCAGUACUUCCUCGACACCAACUUCCUCUUCCUCAGUGGUCUGAUCAUGGCCUGUGCCAUCGAGGAGUGGAACCUGCACCGCCGGAUCGCCCUCAAGGUCCUGAUGCUCGUUGGGGUCCAGCCAGCCAGGCUUAUCCUGGGCAUGAUGGUGACCACCUCAUUCAUGUCCAUGUGGCUGAGCAACACUGCUUCCACUGCCAUGAUGCUGCCCAUUGCCAGUGCCAUUCUGAAGAGCCUUUGUGGUCAGAAGGAGCCUCGGAAGGACCUUACCAGGGAGAGUGAAGAGAACAGAGGUGCCAUGCGGGGGAACGGGCUGCACACCACGCCCACAGAGACUCAGUUUCUGGCCAGCUCCCACCCGGAGGGCAGAGGCCAAUCUGAGGAGGUGGAGGUGCCACUGGACCUGCUUGCUGACUCCAAGAAGGAGGAGGAGUAUCACAGGAACAUCUGGAAGGGCUUCCUCAUUUCCAUCCCCUACUCGGCCAGCAUUGGGGGCACUGCCACCCUCACAGGCACGGCCCCCAACCUCAUCCUGCUGGGCCAGCUCAAGAGUUUCUUUCCGCAGUGCGACGUGGUGAACUUCGGCUCCUGGUUCAUCUUUGCCUUCCCCCUCAUGCUGCUGUUCCUGUUGGUGGGCUGGCUGUGGAUCUCCUUCCUCUUCGGGGGGCUGAGCUUCAGGGUCUGGAGAAAGAAGAAGUCAGAGAUAACACUGGAUGCAGAAGACAAGGCUCUAGUUGUGAUUCGGGAAGAAUUCCAGAACUUGGGCCCCAUCAGUUUUGCCGAGCGGACUGUUUUCAUCCUGUUCUGCACGUUUGCCAUCCUCCUCUUCUCUCGGGACCCGAAGUUCAUCCCUGGCUGGGCCAGCCUCUUCAAACCCGGGUUUGUUUCUGAUGCUGUCACAGGCAUGACCAUUGUCACCAUCUUGUUCUUCUUCCCGUCCCAAAGGCCUUCUUUCAAGUGGUGGCUUGACUUCAAAGCUCCCAAUGUGGAGACCAAGCCCCUGCUGACCUGGCAGAAGGUUCAGGACUCGGUGCCCUGGAACAUCAUCCUUCUCUUGGGAGGGGGCUUUGCCAUGGCCAAAGGCUGUGAGGAAUCAGGGCUCUCGGUGUGGAUCGGGGGGCAGCUGCACCCGCUGGAGAAUGUGCCCCCCAUCCUGGCAGUGCUGCUCAUCACCAUCGUCAUCGCCUUCUUCACGGAGUUUGCCAGCAACACGGCCACCAUCAUCAUCUUCCUGCCGGUCCUCGCGGAGCUGGCCAUUCGCCUGAGGGUGCACCCGCUGUAUCUGAUGAUCCCAGGCACAGUCGGCUGCUCCUACGCCUUCAUGCUGCCAGUCUCCACGCCCCCCAAUUCCAUCGCCUUUGCUUCUGGGGACUUGCUCGUCAAAGACAUGGUACGGACUGGCUUCCUGAUGAACGUGUUGGGCGUCCUGCUGCUCAGCGUGGCCAUGAAUACCUGGGCGCAGAGCAUCUUCCAGCUGGGCACCUUCCCAGACUGGGCCAACGUCCACGCGGGCAAUGUCACAGCACCACCGCCCCCCUUGACGAACAACACGCUUCACAACCUCUGAUGCACGAAAGGCCAGGAGGACUCCCUUUGGGCUGGGCAGGUAUCCAGCAGCGCCAUACUUGCUGCUAGGACCCUGAGGAUGAUCAAACUGUUCCUUUCUGUGAUCCAGUACGCAGCAAGCGUGGAAACCUCCAGUGUCCACUUAGGCCAGCAGGCUCUUGGCUAGGACACCUUCUCUUUCUCUCUCAUGCUGUUCAAGGCCAGUUCUCUCCCAGAUCUGCUGCCUCAUCAAGCUCCCAUGACCUGUCCUGUGCUUAGGGUGCCAGAGUCCAGUUUAGCUGCAUAGCAAGCCUGGGAUGGUGCUUGACUCGUACACCCGGGAUGGAAGCUGUGUCCACCCCCAUGGGCACAGCUAACUUUCUUCCCCAUGGACUACUUUAAGGCUCUCUGGAGAGACCAUCUGGGCUCUCAGGACCGCUUUGCCUACAGAGACUUUGGGGCCGGAAAGUUCCAGGCCAGAUGUUGAAGCUGAUCCCGACUUGGGUGGGCUCUGCUUGGCUGCUGCCCGCUCUGCACCAGCUGUUUGGCUGUUACCCCUGCGGAUACCCAGCAGCCAGGGAUUGCUCCCAGCUCCUGGAGACAGAGGGAGGGACAGAUGGCUUCCUGAGGAUAUGGGGACUGCAAAGCCGCCACACCGAUCUCCCAAGCACGCUGGGGGAGUUUGAGACUCCCCUGCUGACAUCGCUGCCCAGAGCCCCAGCCGUUCCCUCUUCGAUCUCACUCAGCUCAGCCAUUAGUCUGAGGUCAGGCCAAUUCUGGCCCCGAUCCUUUCACAGGUGACCCAGGCCCUCCCACCAGGCCCCUCCUGCAUUGGCCCUUGGGGCCGUCUGUGGCGGAGUCACCUCUAGUUUUCUUGUCCCAGCUGCUGGUCCCCAUCUUGCCCCAAUAGUAAGCGUGUUUAAUUCCCAAAGGUCACAUUUUCAGGGGUGAAAGAAAAGUCAAAGGAUAACUUGGGCCUUGUAGAAGUCCACAGUAAAACGUCUCAAGCAGACAGCAUAUUGCAGUCCCCUUCCAGGGACGGGGAAACUGAGACAGUCCCGCCACCCCGUGGCUGAAGCAGGGAAGGUCCCAGGGGACUCCAGCACUCCUAGUUUCCCAGAGGCAGCCCGAAGCCCCGCGCCUGCGCAGUGUGGGGCUCUGGUGCGCGGGAAGCUUCUGGUUGAGAGCCCCGCAGCCCAGUGACAGAAAAGACCAGUGAGGUCCCAUUUCCCCAACCUGCACCCUAGAGACGUAGGCUCCCUGAGGAGCACCCAGCUCACACCCAGCACCAGUAAGUCAGGGAGCUUCGGAGACCCCUGAGCUGGAGGCCAAGCCCACCUCCUUCCCCGGAGAGCAACCAGUACUUAAUCAGUCAGCCCACCUGGGUUGGGGGGAGUGGCUCUCCUGUGGAACAGGGACAGGGACAGGGAGGGAGUGGCUCACGUGAAAAGAAACUCCAGGACUUGUGAGCAGAGGGUUCAUGAUUCAAAUACUCUGAUCAAAAAUGCUAUGAAAUAAAGAAUGUCAAUCAACACUGGAA